AUGCUUAAGCGUCGAAACAGGGUGUGGAAAGCGUUUAACGCACAUGGGUCUAACUAUGACCGAUCCAAAGCACUGCAGAAUGCUUGUUCUGCAAUGAAAUCAAGAAAACGGCUGGUUUACGAGAAAUCCCUGGAAUCUGAAGUGGCCGCUACGCCAAAUCUUUUCUACGCAUAUCUUCGUCGCCGCACACGUGCAACGGUUGACAUACCAAAAUUGGAGAUUAACGGUGCUCUGACAGAAACAGAUGUUGACAAGGCCGAAGCAUUCGCGCGACACUGUGCAUCUGUCUAUGAUACCGAUACAUCAUCGAGCCCCCGACUGUCGUGA